CUCACUAGUUUUUUUGUACCCAACACUCCUCACACUACUUCUUCUCUAAAUUUCUUUUUUUAAAGAAUGAAUAUGUUUGCUAAAGUUUCAUGUUUGGUGAUUUUGUGCAUGUUGAUUACAUUUGCACCCCAUGCAGAGGCAGUGACUUGUGGUCAAAUUCAAGUUGGGGUGGUGAAUUGCCUCCCUUAUCUGCAGAAUCGUGGCCCUCUCGGCAACUGCUGUGGUGUCCUUAAAGAAUUGCUUAAGCUUUGCAAGACACCACAUGAGCGUAGGAAAUCAUGUAGAUGUGUGAAAACAGCUGCUAAUACUAUAAAGGGCGUUGAUUUUGGCAAAGCUAAUGGUCUCUCUGGAGUUUGUGGCAUCAAGAUUCCUUUCGAGAUCGGCCCCACUGUUGACUGCUCCAAGGUGAAGUAAGGCUGAUGAAAGAGAUUUUCUUUCCACAUCAUAAAUUGAUGGUAGCACAAUCAUGUAUUGGAGAAGAAUAAGAUGGAUCGAGAUUGAUCCUGCUUAAUUAUAUUAUGAAUCAUGUCCGUUUUCUCUUUGCAGCUUUUUUGUGUGUUUAUUUGAGUCAUAGUCAGUGUCUUGUAAUAAGAGGUUUGUUUUAUUACAACCCAAUCUUUACAA